UGGGCCCAGUUUUGUCGGCAGCUCUUGUGCAGUUCAGUCUUGUGCCGUUCGCAGAAACGGCAGGAUCUGGAGCCGAGUUAGAAAAGGGAUCAACCGGAACGGAAACAUCGAUUCCGUUGCGCUUCCCGUAACUGAAACAGGGACGUAAUGGCAACCCACAAGGAUAAUGGUGCUGUGAUCGUACGGAAGACACAGAAAGGGGAUUUGCCGGAAGUGAUCGCUAUGAUACAGGAGCUGGCUGAGUUCGAGAAGAUGCCUGACGGACCUCAGCUUACCGUUGACGACCUGAUACGGGACGGUGGGUUUGACGAGCAAAGCAUGGCGGACGGUACAGCAGUGUUUCAUAGUUUUGUGCUGGAAGCUCCCGCCGACCCGGAAUGCCUAGCUAAUCAGGAACGGCUAACGUCAAUGCGAACGGUCGAUCCAACAAACGCAAGACCUCUAACCCGGAAAUUGAUUGGAUAUGCUAUCUGCUAUUACUCAUACUCAACAUGGCAAGGAAAAUCGCUCGCACUAGAAGAUAUUUACAUCCGUCCCGCCUACCGUGGCAAUGGUUAUGGGGAAGUAUUCUUUCGAGCGUUGGCAAAACACGCACAGGAGAAUCGCUGCUCGAGACUCGAUUUCCAUGUACUGAGCUGGAAUCCUGCCACCACGUUUUACCGUCGAAUGGGUGCAGUGGAUUUAACUGAAGCCGAAAGUUGGCACUUUUACCGACUGCAAAAGGAUGCGAUUGGAAAACUCGCGCGUAACAACUCGUGACAUCAUUGUGAAGUGAUCAUUUUAUUAAAAGUAUUACUGACUGAAAACAAA